UCCGAAUAGCGAAGCCGAACCUCAGCAGUCGCAGAAAAGAUCAGUGGAGAGAGAGAAAGAGAGCGCAGUGGGCGAUGGAGAAGAUCUGCGUGGCAGUCCGAGUGAGACCUCCAGUCUCGGAGGAAUCUUCCACUGGAACCUUCUGGAAGGUCGACGACAACCGCAUUUCUCUCCACAGGUCUCAUGGAACCCCCAUCUCCGGCGUCUCUUACGCUUUCGAUCACGUAUUCGAUGAAAGUUGCUCAAAUGCUAUGGUCCAUGAGGUUCUCACCAAGGAUAUAAUUCACGCUGCUUUGGAGGGUAUUAAUGGCACCGCAUUUGCAUAUGGACAGACGAGCAGUGGCAAGACUUUCACCAUGAACGGUUCUGAAAGAGAUCCCGGAAUUAUUCAGCAGGCAGUCGAAGACAUAUUUGAAAGGAUUCAAAUGAUGUCAGAUCGAGAGUUUUUGAUUCGAGUCUCGUACAUGGAAAUUUACAACGAAGAAAUUAAUGAUCUUUUUGUAGUAGAGAACCAGAAACUGCAAAUUCAUGAGAGCUUGGAGCGUGGCAUAUUUGUUGCUGGCCUCAGAGAGGAAAUUGUCAAUAAUGCUGCGCAGGUGUUAAAGCUACUUGAAUCAGGAGAAGCUAAUAGGCACUUCGGUGAGACAAAUAUGAAUAUUCGAAGCAGUAGAUCGCACACAAUAUUUAGAAUGAUAAUUGAAAGCAAGGGGAAGGAUACCAAUUCUUCUGGCGACUGUUUAAGCUUUGAUACAAUUCGUGUCUCAGUCUUGAAUUUGGUCGAUUUAGCUGGGUCUGAACGGAUUGCCAAAACCGGAGCUGGUGGAGUACGUUUGAAGGAAGGAAAGCACAUUAACAAGAGCUUAAUGGCUUUGGGAAACGUGAUUAACAAACUAAGUGAUGGGGCAAAGAACAGAGGCCAUGUACCUUAUAGAGAUAGUAAACUGACCCGCAUACUUCAACCUGCCCUUGGUGGGAAUGCCAAAACUUCCAUUAUAUGCACUGUAGCACCGGAAGAGAUACACGUUGAGGAAACCAAGGGAACUCUCCAAUUUGCUAGCAGAGCCAAGCGCAUUGCCAACUGUAUUCAAGUUAAUGAGAUUUUGACAGAAGCAGCCUUGUUGAAGAGGCAAAAGCAAGAAAUAGAAGAGCUCCGUAAGAAGCUUCAGGGAUCUCAUUCUGAGGUGCUGGAGCAACAAAUCUUAAAAUUACGCAACGAUUUGCUCAAGUAUGAAUUAGAGCGUGAAAAGCUAGAAAUGGAACUAGAAGAGGAAAGAAAAUCUCACAAGGAAAGGGAGCUGCAGAUGAGUAAUGUUGCUACUUUUUCAGACGUUGACCGGAGCUCUAGUCAGGGUCAAGAUUCUGGAAGAUAUAAUGACAGUAACGGCAUAAGUCGAGGAGAUAGCUUUGCAACCCCUUGUUUCAAGGCCGCUUCCAAUGCCUUUGUUGCCAGACGAUCUAAUUAUUCUUCGUUGCCUCAUUGUAGUCCUCUUCCAGAUACUAUGAGUGCUGUAGCUGAUGAGGACACAUGGCUGAAAAUGAAUGGAGGCUACAUAGCUGACCUCGAUUCUCUUCAAAUCACUCCUGCACGGAAAGUUCAAUCUUUUCCUUCAAGUGAAGUAACUCCUGGUUGUUCAAACGAAAACUACAAAGAGGACGUUCAAAAUCUUAAGAGACAAUUAGAACUUGCCAUUUACGAGAGAGAUGAACUAAAGAGGAAGCACACGGAACAAAUAUUAUUGAAUAAUCAAUUGAUGAGCGAGUUAUCUGAACUUCAAGCAGAAGCACGGCUAAUUCAAGAAAUCCCUCGAAAGCUUUGUGAAUGUGCAGCAAAUUGCAAAGAUGUUUACAUUGACGUUUUAUCAAUGACACAGAGUUUUAUAUCCGACGGAAAAUCUUCCACCUCAAAAUUACUAUCAAGCAUGAGCGAAAUUGGUUGGAGCUUAUUCACAGCUCUGGAAACCCAUUUCUCAAUGGUACUGGAGAGUCCUUUUUCACGGAACGAUCAUCUAAUUCAAGAACAGCACAAAGUUCUCUGUGAGAGAAUGAAGACCACAAUCACAUCCUUGGUAUCAUCAGAAAGAGCAAGCCUUGAGGAUCACAAUGUGAUGAAUUCACUUUGCAGAUGUGAACACAAGGACUGCGCUCUGGAAGGAAGAACUACAUGUUGGAAGGAAUAUUUGAGCAAUGAACUCAACAUUGUCAAGGAAAGAUAUCAUGACCUGGAGAGAGAGUUGCACAUUAAUAACCUGCUUCUGGAGGAAUCUAAGCGAAGAUACAAUAAUUUGGAAACUGAGUAUCAACAUCUGAAAGAAGAAAGAGAUUCUUUGUGCAAAACAGCCUCCGAAUCGUCUCAGAAACUCGCACUUGUUACUGACCAGAAGGAAAAUGUUUUGAAGGGUCUGAACACUGAAUUCCAGAGAAGGAAAGAUCUUGAAGAGAAGAUCAAACAGUUCAGUGUUGCUUUUGCCCGUCGGAAGACAUCACUUGUGUCUUUUCACAGUGACUUUAAGUCGAAAAUUGAGAAACUGAGAGCUGAAAAUCCAGUUUCAGCACCCAAAUCCUUCGGGUGUUGAAGAUUUAUUACAAGAAGUCACUUGACUAGUUUCCUUGCCUAGGUUAUUAUUAUGCUUCACUUGUGAGCUCAUUCUAUCUCGGUUGUAUACUAGUCUUCUAAAUGUUCAUACUUUUCUUGUCGUUGUUUCAUACACUAAAUUGUUCCAGGACAAGCCCAGUACUCCGAACUUCUAUUUAUUUUCAUUAUAACUUGAUUCUUGAACAUUUCCGA